CCAGUACAACCAGUUUAACAAGCUUUGUCACGUCACAAACUUAAUCGCACUUUGGCCAGGAGUGUAUUCAUCUAAUGGCUCUGCUGCAGUGUCAAGACAGCAUGUCAGUUCCUGUGUUGCUCUUAUGCCGUCGUUGACCGUCUCAUGCCCAAAAAUUCAGCGCGUUGCCGGACGCAGAGAAGGGGUGAGCUGGGACUCGGCCUGUAAAUGGAUGGAGGAAGCAAAGAAAGAUGGAGAGAGAGAAACUCAAAAACUUCAAAGUUCGAAUCAAACGCCAGAUAAUGUUCCCAAACGAAACACUUCUUGGGCCCAGAUCUCAAGGACGUCACUGCGACCCUGGUACAGCCUGGCUCCUGUUGGUGUAGUGUGGUCGGUGUGCCAGCUGGAGGCGCUCUCGCACCCGUCCGUGUCACCGCUGGACGUGUGCUGGAGGCUGCUGUCUGUGUGUUUGCUGUGGAUUAUUCUGGGAGGCUGUUUCCGUGUCCUGAAGUGCCGCCUGCAGCCAGGACACAAGCAGGGGGAGCCUCCACAGAGCAAACAGCAGGAGUUUGUAAAUGAAAACAGGAGUAACCAGUAUUCACGGAUGUCGCAGCCAAGUCGUCCGGGCAUCCACCUUCCCCUGACCCUCGCCCUGGCCGACGCCCUGCUGCUGUGUGUGCUUCAGGAGCCCCUGGGAGACCCCAGCGUGCCCCACAUUCAGGCCCUCCUCUCCAGGCUGGAGUCAGUUGCUCACACACUUGAAAAGGCCGACACAGGACCAGAGGUGACAUUGGAGGAAAUGGAUUCAAGCUCCAUAGUGAUGGACAAACUGCAGCUUAUCCGCACCUACCUGCAGCAGCGGAUAGCCUCCCUUCGUGCUCUCGUCCAGGCGCAAAGGGACUUUGAGGCCAGUGUGAAGGAAAUGCUGCAGGGCCUGGAUGGCCUCUGGGCUCAGCUGGAGGAGCUGCAUGCUGGAGUCACGCUUUCCAAACAGGGGAGCCAGGGUCAGGUGGCCUUGGCCUCCGCCCAGAAAGAUGCACAGACUUUGUUCACAGUCUUGGGCCACUACAGGAUCAGGCUUCAGUCCUGCCAGGCUCAUCUGAAUGGCAGCACACAACUACUGCAGGAUUUGACCUGGAGUCACGCUCAUACCAGCAACAGCGUGAACAGCAGCAGCGAGUCGGUGUGGACGGAGCUUUUGCUUCAGUCCAACAUUGAGCAGUUUGACAAGGUGCAGGAGAAUUUCAUCUCUCUGGAACAACAGACCUCUACCUUCCAGGCCCACCUGGAGGGACUUGGAAAAGUAAAUCAGAAGGGACACGUAGGGCCCCUCGCCCUGGCUAAUGGGGCCCAUUCGCGGCCGGCCUCUCCUCAGACUUCCACACGUGAGGGUUCGCUGGGGCACCGUAACUCGACCUCUUCGUCCGCGUCUUUCUCCUCGGUGGACGCGGACGCAGAAACAGGCGCUCGUCUCUCACUGUUUAAGAAGUCGGCGCUGCAGCUCUCCUCCACUAUUGGAUGCCUGCGUAAAUCUGCAGGCAAGAAGUGAUUUUGAAGUUCUUUGGCACAAACACUUUGCACUUUGCAGUGUUUUAGUUGGGAAGGUAUUUUCAAAUGUUGAUCAUUUGCUGGUUGCCUCAGAUUUGAGUAUUUAUUGCUUUUUGUUCCUUUGACUUGUUUGUGUACUGCUGCUAAACUAAACUGUUAAAGAAUACCUAGCAGGUCUAGGAGCAGGUUUUAAUUGUAAAGCACUUUUCAAACACAAGGGGGCACACUUUCGCCAGUUAUUGAGGAUGAACGGCGGCUUUUUAAGUGUUUAAAGUACUGAACUAUACCAUUGAACCGUACAUGCAUUAAUGUCAGAGCUCAGUCUGCUUUGAUUUAAUGCGGACUGGACCUUCGAAGGAGGAAAAUGUUGAACAUGCUGAUUAAAAAAGAAAUGUUCGUCUCCAAGAUCGCUGGAGUCUGAGAAGUCUUAUCAUUUGAUUCUGUGUUCUCAAAGUUUAAUGUGAAGUUUUGAUUAUAUGAUCAACAGCACCCUAUGCUCUCCAGUAAAAUAAAUAUAUAUAUAAAUGAG